AAAAUCGCGAAUAAUAUCAUUCGUAAAUUUUGGUGAAAAACAUAGCGAUUAUUAUACGGCCUCUUUACGAGAUCAAUCUUUCUCAUAGAAUUCUGCUCUAAAAGCUUGCCAACAUUCUUCCGACUAUUUAUACAUGCUCUCAAAUAAAAUUCGUAGAUCUAUGAAAUAACGAACGGGACUAAAAGAGGACAAAGUGAUACGAGUCAUUAAUAUGUUUAAUAAAUGUAUGUGUCGUGCAAGUAGUGUGAUCGCGUUUGUUGAGUGACAUGACGUUAACACUUCAAGAUCCUUAUCUAAUCGCGUAGAUCGCGAUAUGCAGAGAAUCGAGCCACAGCACAUAUUCAUGUUCCUUACAGACGUCACAGAUUAAAUCGAAGAGCGAACUUAAAUGCAACCGGAAGAUCAAUGCGUUUCUCGGAUAUUCAUUCUCGGAGAAUGUCAAACGACUAUUUCUCCUCGUGAUUCCCUCUCGAUCUCGAGGGUGAUUAGUUGACUAGAGAGAAUUGCUUGUAGAAAAUCAUUGCAAAUUAUAAGACACGUUUAAGUGUUUAAAUGUAUCAUUUGCACGUCGAAGAUUGAGAAUCAUAAAGCACCGCCACGUAAACCCGCCACAAAGAUGUCGAGCUCGCCGCGAGUACGAAAAAUGCCGCCCAGGCCAAAGAUCAUACUACCGAUUCCGGGACAAUAUUAUUCGCAGCCACCAACCGGUAUGGGUUACGUGACACCGAUGCCCAUGACGCCGGUUUCCGGUCAACCGCAGAUGAUCUACACCAACCGGGCCAGCGCGUUCGUCUUCAAGGGGAUCAAGGGUUUGACCAAAUCCGGACUCAGCGUAGGGGAGAAGAGCGUCGUUUGGCUUUAUGAGAAGGUUAGUUCUUGGAGCAAAAGAUGGUUUACGCAUAUUUUUUUAGUCGUUAUCGUAUUUCUAUAUAGCAUCGCUGGAGCGAUGAUUUUCGUGACGGUUGAAGGCACAAACGAGGAGUCUGGUCGCUUCGAUAUCCGGAAAAAGAGAAACGACAUGCUAGAGAUAAUCCGGGGAUUUUGCAAUAAUUCGGAAUUGGCAUCAGACAUAAGUCGUUGGAGAGGACAAGCGGCAAACGAACUAAUGGAAUACGAAAAUGAUCUGUAUGAGUUUUUCAAACGAGGCUUGACGGACCGCGGUCAGAAAGUGUGGACAUUCUGGAAUGCCGUGUUCUACUGUGGCACAAUUUACACGACCAUCGAUAAACCAUGGAAGGAACUUGUGUAUUGCAUUACUUGUGUGGUGCAUCAACAUGCUGCGUGUGCAGUACGACUGAUUUCAUCAAUUCUAGUGUUCUAUUGCUUUAAGUUUAUAUAGCUUGUGUACUGCUCUGACUUAUAUCAAUGUGAAUUGGUUUAAACGUGAACCUGUUAGAUUCAAAUUUAUUCCUUUUGUAUACAAAGAGAAUCUUAUUAUAUUAUUAAUAA